AUGUUGGGAAGAGGGGUUGAUGAGCAACGUGCAAGAGAGACGAAAGAGCAGUCCAAAAACCGAGUGAGUAUGGAUCGGUACAGCAGCAUCUCAGGGGAUUAUUUGUUAGAUCCACAUAGUGAAGAGCUGAUGAAAGCACUUUACCCUUUUUUCCAAAGUGUUUCUUCAUCGCCACCAGCUUCCUCUCCUCUUCCAAACCUCUUCUCACCCUCUUCCUCCAUAGGCCUCAACAAACUCACCCCAACACAAAUCAUCCAAAUCCAAGCGCAGUUCCAACUUCGCCAACUUCAACAGCAACAAGUUAUGUCUUCCACAUGUGUCCAACACAGCAACCAAAAGCACCUUUCCCCAAAGGGGGUCCCCAUGAAGCACGUGGCCACCACCCCAACCAAAGCCACAAAGCUUUACCGCGGUGUUAGGCAAAGACACUGGGGGAAGUGGGUGGCGGAAAUCAGACUCCCCAAGAACCGAACCCGCCUCUGGCUGGGAACCUUCGACACCGCAGAGGAAGCAGCUCUGGCAUACGAUAACGCGGCUUACAAGCUUCGCGGUGAAUUCGCACGCCUCAACUUCCCUCACCUUAAGCACCAUGGUACCCGCGUCUUCGGUGAGUUUGGUGAUUACAAGCCUCUCCCUUCUUCCGUGGAUGCCAAGCUCCAAGCCAUUUGCGACAAGUUGGCUCUUUCUCAGAAACAGGAGCCAUGCCCCUCUGUUGUGAAGGUGGAGCAAGAUCAAGUGCUUUAUCCUGAGCUAGAAGAUUUCAAGGUGGAGUCGGAUGAAUCAUGUGCAGGAUCGUCCUCCCCUGAAUCGGCUGCGACCACUCUUUUUGAUUUCUCGGAUUGUUGCAAGUGGGAGGAACCGGUGAGUUUUGGCUUGGAGAAGUUCCCCUCCGUGGAGAUUGAUUGGGCAGCCAUAUGACUCAUCAUCUUGUGUGUCUGUGUGUGUUAAGUUAUUAUCCUUUUGGGCAGCUUCUGCAAUCAAGUUUUUGGCAUUUGCAGACAUGGUUGUUGCCAUAUUUUAGGGCUCUUGGUUUGUGGGUGCUUUUUAUUCCUUGCAUAACCAUGGGACCUUUGUAAUCUUAUCUACUCUGCUUGUUCAAAAUGUAAUUAAACCGUCUUCCAAUACAUCAAGUUAUCCUAAA